GCGCAAAGGCGCGGAGAGGAAGGAGACCGAGAAACGGUGCCAGCUCAAGAACGCGGAUACCAUCGCCGCCAAGGCGUUUGACCCUUGCGGCGCGAGCGUUAUUGACGACGUUCAGCUCGACGCGCCGUGGGCCAUCGUGUCCAAGGGGAGUGGGAUAUCUCGUUUCUGCGAGACGAUGGAGAAGCGCAUCGAGGCCCAGCAAGGGCACUGGGGCCUCCGCGCAAUGACGCAGCCGGAAGUGGUCACGCAGAUUGACAGCGAGGCCAAGGACUUGCUCCCGCACCUAAAGACGCCCAACCUCGGCAAGGGCGGCCCGCCGAGCGACGGGGCAGACGCCUUCCGCGCCGCGAAUGCUCGGGGGGCGACCGGGGGCGCCGAGGCGAAGGCACCGCCCGCCGAGCCGGAGUUCAGGGCGUCCGUGGAAAAGAUCUUCGAGUUUCUCCAGAAAGGCACGGACAGCAACCCUCGCAUGGCAUUCUUGUACUUGUCCACCGGCAGCGCCGUGGGCGAGACGACGCGGGCUUGGCUCGCCCGCGCCGACCCGACGCCAGAUGCGGCCUUCGCGGAGUCCUGUCUCCAGGAGCGGGCCAACGUCUCGGAGGCGCCGGCGGCCUCCGGCAAGUUUGAGCGCGAGAGGGCGACGGGCGACUUGUUCGAGAG